AUGGAUGAGGUCGGCGAGGCUCUGUACCUUCCGCGCUUCCAUUCAGUGACGAAGGACUACGAAAGGUCUCUAACGUCGAAUAACAGUCUAAACGACAAAAUAUCCAAGGUCCUGCGGACCGCAGAUGCUGUCGUUGUAUUCGAGAACAUCACUAUGAAGCAUUUCCAUGGCCGCCCUCCCCACAUCGAUUACCACCACCCUCCACACGUGGUCGGCGGUUUCAAAUUUCUUUUUAUCGAAGCAAUUGUGUUUCUCGCGCCGCUGCUCACCUUUGUACUCGUUAUAAUACGUUUGACCGAAGAAAAGAGCACCGGUUUGGAGGAGGUAGUCAAAAUGUUCGGCGCGUCUCCAUUGAUGAUCGACAUAACCCAGUACCUGAACGCUCUACUGCCCUCCAUUCUCUUCAGUGUCGCCGGCACCUUUAUACUAUACGCAAUACCCAUCAGAGUCCACCCAAUGAUCCUAUUCCUGGGGCUGUUCUUGCAUUACGCUUCGAUGAUCGCACUGGCUUUCGUGUGCAGUUACAUUAACAUGAGCGGCCAGAAUACUGCGUCUACUGCUCUAUUCCUGUACUUUGGCACAUGGAUCGUGGUCAUGCUCAUCUGGCCUGGUGACAAGAACAACAUGUUCCUAAUCCUAAAAGGUUUGCUGCCCCACGUCCCACAAAUCUGGUUUAUUUACCAAAUGUACAGCGCGGAGCUCUAUAUUUGGCGUUUCAGUGCGGCUGAGUUAGAUUUCAAACAGUGGACGAAUCAGUUCCCUCUACCUUGGGACCGCGUGGCAACUGGAAGCAUAAGGAUGGCAUUCCAAAUGUUCCUGAUUCAAAUUUGCCUCCUGUUCUUGCUGUCCUGGUACUUGCAUUUAGUAAGACCUAGAAAGUAUGGCAUUGCGCUGCCGUGGAAUUUCCCCUUUCGGAAAGACUUUUGGGUAAAGAACUGUGAAUACAUACCUCACAGUAUUAGCAUGCAAAACCAUCAUCCCGCCUACGACCGUUACUUCGAGAACCCUCCCACCGAUCUGGAAGAAGCUGUAGAAGUCGUCAAUAUCAAAAAGGCUUACUCGCUAAAAAGAUCUUCUAUUGUCGCUUUGAACGACAUAUCCCUGAAGUUCUACCGCGGUGAAAUCACUGUGAUCAUUGGACAUAACGGAGCUGGAAAAACGACUCUCAUUUCCAUAAUAGCAGGAAUGAUACAACAGUCCUCCGGUAAAGUGUUUAUCGACCGUUUGGAUACAACUACGCAGAUGGCUAAGAUCAAAAAGCAAAUUGCCUUGUGUCCUCAGAAUACUAUAUUGUUCCCCGAUUUGACAGUUAGAGAGCAUUUGAUGUUUUUUUCCAAGCUAACCGGGUACAAUAGCGACGACUCGAAGAAGGCCACCGAGCGACUUCUGACGCAGAUGGACCUAAUAGGCAACGCCGCGGCCACACCUUCUAAACUUUCCGCCGGCAUGACGCGGCGGCUGCAGAUCGCUUGCAUGCUUUGCAGCGAAGCCAAUCUUCUGCUUCUCGAUGCGCCCACCGCUGGCCUCGACGUCGAAGCAAGAAAGGACCUCUGGCAAAUAUUGUUUACGCUGCGUGGGACCCGUACCAUUAUUAUGACGACACACUUCUUAGAUGAGGCUGAUUUAUUGGGGGACCGUGUUGUUACCUUGCACUGGGGAGUCCUACGCUCCUACGCCACGCCCCUCUUCCUGAAGAUGGCUGUAGGAAGUGGCUCACGGGUGGCCUUGACGACACUCCAGCCGCCCGACCUGGACUUGAUAUCGCGGAUGGUCCGCGGGGCGGCGCCCGAUGCCACGUUGUACACCAGGACCGUUCGGACCCUGGUCUACGACAUACCGCCCGGUUCGGACAUGGCCGCGCUCUUCAACAACAUCGAGGCCAACAGAGUAACGCUGGACGUCGAGUCGCUCGGAGUGGGCCCAGUGUCACUGGAAGAGGCCUUCAUGAAAUUGAGUACAGACGUUGAAGUGGAUACCUUUAAGGAGCGGGAUCGAGUUCUGAAAGAUCCCGAAGAAUUCAGUUAUCCUGAUAAAUGGCCGGUGUUAAUAAACCGAGUACGGGAGUUAUUUAAGAGGCAACUGGAUUACAGCCUUUCUAACCUUCUGGCAUUUAUAUUUCUCCAUUUCAUUGUACCCAUAUCUAUGUGCAUAAUCGUCACUCUGGUGUUCAACAACACGAGGCACAAGGGUUUUAUGAUGAUGGACCUGAGUAUAUACGACGAGGCGGACACGCCACUGGCGACGUACAACAUCAGGGGGAACUCCACCAAUAGAAUGCGCGUCAUCAACAAGCUGAGAGAGCUUUACCCGCAGCUGAUGUUGCGAGAGGAGAACGAGGAGCACGACAAAUUUUGCACCUGCAAGCAAUGCAGCAAACGCAGUGGGAGGCCAUUCUCCCCGAACAUAAUCGACAUCUACGUGGACGAGCACAACGCAAGGCUGAAUUACGACCGGAACGUGAGGCACUCUGCGGCAGUGGGGCUCAAUCUGCUCAGCAACAUCGUUGCGGCUGAGCAUCUGCCGCGUUUCGCCGAUAAAGCAAUCACCAUGCAGUUGGCGUAUGUUCACAUGCACUGGCUGAAGCCCAAAGACCAACUGAACUGUCUGCUGAUGUUGAUAUUCAACGUUUACAUCGUAAUGGCGACCGCGAUCAACGACGUGGGCCUUCCGUGCAGGGAACGGCUCGCGAACACCCGUUAUUUGCACAUCAUGGCGGGCUGCCCGCCAGUGCUCUAUUGGCUGGUGACCUUUCUGUACCAAAUCAUCUGCUAUGCGGUGCUUCACUGCACAGGCGUCGUCAUCGCUGUCGUUUUCUUGGAUAAAGACGAAACUUUUAACAAUUUUCCCGCGAUGCGAGCAUUCUUUGUAGCUUUACUUAUCUGCGGCAUAGAUCUCUACGCAUUCUUUUACCUGCUGAGUCAGUUCUUCGACGAGAAAACGACUGACGCGAUAAUCCUGAUGCUUCUCAUUCUCUUUGGUAUAUUUACUCCGUUCUACAUGUAUACAUAUCGAAAUUUUCACCCGCACACACCAAUGUUCCAUACGUGGUUGGAGAACGUCGGCGUAUUCGUUCCAAUGCACAUGUUCACACGAGUACUCAGACAAAUGUCGGAUAUUUCGCGGCUAAACGCCCACUGUCCCCGCGUCAUGGGCUCAUGCCCGAGGGUCAGAUACUCCUACUACGAUAUGAGGCCCUGUUGCGAAUGUGAGGAAUUGAUCGUAUUUGUUGGACAGAGUCUGCUGCUACUGGUGGAAUAUCGAAUGUUCAGUAGACUAUGGAACCAACUUGAGAGGCGGCGCACAAUUGUUAUGCCAACAAGGAAAUACGAGAGUGCAGAUGUUGCCGCUGAAAAGGAAUAUAUAAAACACACCAUUAAGAGAUGUGAGUGCUUCGGCAUUGUCGGUCUGAACGGUGCUGGAAAAACUACGACCUUUAAAGUGAUGACUCACCAGGAGCUCAUCACCAAAGGCAUGCUGUACGCCAAUGGAUACUACGCGCACGAAAACACCGCCCAGUAUCUGUGGAGUUUGGGCUACAGUCCACAAUCUCUGGCCCUGGACACAUUCCGGUCGGGGAGUGCAAACUUGCGCCUGCUACUGUUCAUGCGCGGACUCGACGAGGAAGACGUCAGAAAUGAAACUGGAGCUUGGAUCAAAAUAUUCGGUCUGGAACGGUACUCGCUGCUCAACGUCGGCGAGUACAGCGCCGGCAUGUGGCGGCGGCUGAGCGUGGGGGCAGCGCUGUGCGGGGGCCCCCGGGUGUCGCUGCUCGACGAGCCCACGCUGAACGUGGACCCGGCCGCCCGCCACCAGCUGUGGGCCGCCCUGGAGGACGCGCUCUCCAUCGGGCGCUCGGUAGUGAUAGCGUCGCACCACAUGGAGGAAGUCGACAACAUGUGCAACCAACUGACGAUUCUGGACGAUGGCGAAAUGGGUGCACUCGGCUCGCCCAACGGUUUCAAGAAGUCAUACGCGCCGGGACAUACCGUUGUCAUCAAACUGCGUGCCAAUUCUGUCCUCAGUUCCGCCGGAGCUGCUCGGAUUCAGGCGCUGAAGGAUUUCAUGGCUCACGAGUUUAGCUCUUUCCUGAAGGAAGAUUACUUUAUCGCGCUCCGCUACAUCCUGUCGGACGAUUUGAGGUAUAACGUGAUAUACAGCAAGCUGAGCACAAUGGCGAACGAAUUCAGGGAAAUCGUCGAGGACUUCUACGCUUACGACGCCAACUUUGAGGACGCCUUCGUGCAGUUUGUCAACGACAGCCGCUACUUCAUCAAACCGAAGCAGACUUGG